AUGAGCUUUAUUUAUGGUUUUCUGUAAGCGCUUUCAAGGUUUCGCAGCUCUCUCGCUUUGUCUCCAUUGGCAUUUGACUUGCGGGGUCCUGGAUUCCUUUCAGGGCGUGCAGUUCAAGUCAUCUUCAGCAGCUCUUCCGAACAGCAUUCUCCCGUAGCUCGUUUCCGUCUACGUCACUGGGACAGGUUAGCUCAGGAGUAGGCCAAACUGGAGAGCGAACAGUCCGCCUAGGAGUCCAAUGAGAGUGCCCGGAGGUUGAAAGCUUAAGUAGCUGUGAGAUUUGUCGAUCUGUCAGACAAUUUGAAUUAGUAUCUGUCACAUACUAGCUGUAUUUGUACUUCAGCAACAUGGCCCUGAUGAUGUUGAUCAAGCUGGUCUCCAAGCCCGGAAUGGAGGGACAGGUGAGGGAAAAGUAUCAAUGGAUGGCGGCAAAAAUGGCCGAGCUCUUCCCCGGAGUCAUCACCUUCCACGCGUUUCAAAGCCCCGGGAACCCAUCCGAGUGGCAGUGCGUCGAGAUCUACUCCUCGCAAGAAGUUUUCAAGAGACACGUGUCAGACACAGAGGAGCUGAAAAACUGGGCGAUGGAAUUCAGGCCGUUGAUUGAGUCGUUCUCGGCGGACAUGUUUGUGGAGGGGGAGGAGGUGUCGGAGUUUGUGAAGCAGCGGGCCGCGAUGCAGGGGGGGACAAGCACGCAAGCGGGUCGUGGGCGGGUUUCGCUCUUAACCCUUCGUUGAGCAUUCAGGCAUAGGCAUCAGGAGUGCCAGCAUUGGAGGACUGGAUCUGGGUCACGAACAGUAGCUAUAUGGAUGUCCCACAAACGCGGGGUAAAGUGCAUAUUGGAGAGAGCAAACAUUUUUUCGUCGAGAGGUUGCCAACAAACGUGAUGCAACUGGUUGGACAUCAAACUAACAAGGCCGACGGGGAUCAGAUUCACCAAGAAAGUGAUAAUGACAUCUGUGCUUCUGCUAGAUGUCGAGCUAGAGUUGUCAAACAUAAAUAUGCAAAUAGGGCAGAGGGCAGAUUGUAUUAGUAACUGCAAAUACGUGGAAUCAUGCAUGGCGGCAGUCAACGUUUUGUCAGAUCGACCGAUCGAGAGAAUGAUAUGAUCAUGGCCUCUAAGCGGUUUGAUGGCAGUAUAAUCAGUGAUUGGUUAUAACUAUAGUGAUUGGGUGUAGCUUGGAGC